GUUUACACAUUGCUUUAUCAUACUUUAAUUUUAUGUCAUAUAUAUCGCUUUAUUCGUGCAUUAAACCUUCACUAUUCUGGUGUUGGUUGGAAAAUCGUUAGAGAACAUCUUUCAGAAAUCAUUCCACGUGAUCAUUUGUUGUGGAAAUUAUGGUUAGAGGAUAAAGUAACUAAAAUGAAAUGUUUUGUGCGAAUGAAGUAUGAAAAACUUUAUCGAGAU